ACCAGUGGCUGGAUUUCUAGUUCGAGCCUGAGAAUUUUGCUAAUUGCUACACACACGCAGAGAAGAGAACCCUAACCCCUCAAGCAGAAGUCACAGAUCACAGAGGAGAAGAGAGAACACUCGAUUGGACCCUCUUUGUCGCUCAGAUCAAUAUGUCUCGAAGAUAUGAUAGCCGUACAACAAUCUUUUCCCCUGAGGGACGUUUGUACCAAGUGGAGUAUGCAAUGGAGGCCAUCGGGAAUGCUGGUACUGCAAUAGGGAUCCUAUCAAAAGACGGGGUUGUUUUGGUUGGUGAAAAGAAGGUCACAUCCAAGUUGCUGCAAACUUCAACUUCCACCGAGAAAAUGUACAAGAUUGAUGAUCAUGUUGCAUGCGCUGUGGCUGGGAUUAUGUCUGAUGCCAACAUCCUCAUCAAUACUGCUAGAGUCCAAGCACAACGCUACACAUAUGCUUACCAAGAGCCAAUGCCCGUCGAGCAGUUGGUUCAGUCUCUCUGUGACACUAAGCAAGGUUACACACAAUUCGGUGGUCUUCGUCCGUUUGGGGUCUCGUUCCUUUUUGCCGGGUGGGACAAAAACUUUGGCUUUCAGCUUUACAUGAGUGACCCUAGUGGGAACUACGGUGGUUGGAAAGCUGCGGCUAUUGGUGCAAACAACCAGGCGGCACAGUCAAUACUAAAACAGGACUACAAGGAGGAUAUCACAAGGGAAGAAGCAGUUCAACUUGCAUUGAAGGUGCUAAGCAAAACUAUGGACAGCACAAGUCUAACUUCAGAAAAGCUUGAACUCGCAGAGGUUUUCCUCGCGCCCUCUGGAAAGGUCAAGUACCAAGUUUGCUCCCCCGAGACACUGACAAAGCUGUUGGUGAAGUUUGGCGUCACCCAACCAGCAACUGACACUGCUUAGCUUGUUGUUCAAUGUUUGGUGCAGUUUGAUUAUUACUAUGCAGUGCACUUAUUCCUUUUGGAAUAGGCUACACACUGUGUCCCAAGUUUACUUAAAAUUGUAAGUUAUAAAACGUUUCAUCUUGGUGAUGAUGUUGGCUUUGUAUACAGUUAUGUGCUAUUUAUAGACGUUUCAUCUGUGAUUGUUUAGCGUC